UGUGGCGGCAUUGGAUUUAGAGGGUGGCAAAGAGAUGUGGACUGGAUUUUUCUCUUCUGCACAUGUAGCUACUGGAUGGAAACCGCUUCUUAACAUUGAUGUGACGCAUACAGUAUUUUAUAAAGCGCAUAUCUCUUUGGUUCAAUUUAUGUGUGAAGUGUUAAAUGAAAAAUCGGGUCAUUAUUGUCGAUCAAAUUCUAAAGAAAACUAUUGGGAUAAUUUAUCAUGUAACACACGUAACAUACGUGGUGGAUCACGUUACGAUUGUGGCUAUAUCAAUUCGCUAUCUUGUUCACGUCAUUUGAAUAAUCGAUAUCGUAGCUAUAGCUAUAAUAAUUAUAUCGGAGGAGCACUUUCUCCUGAAAAGUUGCACAAAGAUUUUUCGUUGAGCAGUCAUGAAUUAAAAAUUUUCGGUGAUGCAGUAAAAGGAAUUAAAGUACGCAUUUCACAUCGUGCUGGUAUCAUUCGAGUUUAUCGUGUUAAUAGUCUUCAACUUCCAGCUGAUCAGCUUUGGUUUCAAGGUAAAGAUGAAGAUGGUAAUGAACGACGUAUGACAGUGGCCGAUUAUUUUAAUGAACGUUAUAGUAAGCUGAAAUAUCCGAAAUUGCCAUGCGUUCACGUAGGUCCAACAACACGUAAUAUCUAUUUUCCAUUGGAAGUUUGCAUGCUUGACACACCACAAAAAUACAGCAAAAAAUUAAACGAGAAACAGACGUCAACUAUUAUUCGAGCAGCAGCUGUUGAUGCAAUUUCACGUGAAAAACGUAUUGCAUCGCUAUGUGAGCAAGCUGGCUUUCAAUAUGAUCCAUUCUUGCGUGAAUUCGGCUUACAAAUUAAUCCGAAAAUGUUUGAAACAGUUGCUCGUAUUUUAACACCACCUCGUAUACUUUUUGGCGAAAAUAAUUGUAAAACGGAUCCAGUUGUUACACCAAAAGAUGGAGCUUGGUCAAUGGAUAAUCAGCAGCUAUACUUACCAGCUAGCUGUCAUAGCUAUUCCAUGAUAGCAAUUGUUAAUCCGCGUGAGCAAAAUCAUUUACAAGCUUUCUGUCAAGCACUUACUCAAAAAGCUAAUCAAAUGGGAAUGGAAUUUCCAAAUUGGCCUGAUUUAGUGAAAUAUGGUCGUACCAAAGAAGACGUUGUCAUCUUGUUCAAUGAAAUUGCUACCGAAUAUAAACAAACAGGGACAACAUGUGAUCUCGUUAUCGUUGUAUUACCGGCUAAAAAUGCUGAUCUUUACAUGACAGUGAAGGAAUGCGGUGAUAUGAUACAUGGAAUUAUGUCACAGUGCGUUCUGAUGAAAAAUAUUACACGUCCAUCACCGGCAAUGUGCUGUAAUAUGAUUUUGAAAAUGAAUAUGAAAUUAGGUGGCAUUAAUUCACGUAUUGUUGCUGACUCGAUUACUCAAAAGUAUCUCAUCGAUGUUCCAACACUCAUUGUCGGAAUCGAUGUUACUCAUCCAACACAGCACGAAGAACGACAAAAUAUUCCAUCUGUUGCGGCAAUUGUGGCCAAUCUUGACUUAUAUCCACAAUCAUAUGGCGCAAAUAUCAAAAUCCAACGUAAAUGUCGCGAAUCGGUUGUUUAUCUUUUGGAUGCUGUACGUGAACGUCUCGUCAGUUUCUAUAAAACAACACGUCAGAAACCAAAUCGUAUCAUCGUUUAUCGUGAUGGAGUUUCGGAAGGACAAUUCAGUGAGGUUUUACGUGAAGAAAUGCAAGGUAUUCGUACGGCAUGCUUAAUGCUAUCGUCAGACUAUCGACCACCAAUUACAUAUAUUGUCGUGCAGAAACGUCAUCAUGCACGGAUGUUCUGCAAGUAUACACGUGACGCAGUUGGUAAAGCGAAGAAUAUUCCACCAGGUACAGUAGUCGAUACAGGAAUUGUUUCACCAGAAGGUUUCGACUUCUAUCUGUGCUCACAUUUCGGUAUUCAGGGUACUUCUAGACCAGCACGUUAUCACGUUCUUUGGGAUGAUUCAAAGUUCACAUCAGAUGAACUUCAGUCAAUAACAUUCAGUAUGUGCCAUGCAUAUGGCCGUUGCGCUCGUUCAGUUUCCAUUCCCGCACCUGUUUACUACGCCGAUCUUGUAGCUACACGUGCACGAUGCCAUCUUAAACGAAAAAUGGGGGUUUAUGAAUCAGAUAUAAUAUCAGAUGCUGCUUCACUUAUUUCCUCAUCUCUAUCAUCAUUAAUUUCGGCAGGACGUAUCACAAGUAUACGACACAUCACUGAUGAUGAUGAUCUUUCAGAUGUAGAAAGUAUCAAAGACGGUCGCGCACAAUCAGUAAUGAGUAACAGUGAUACAGCAUUACAGGAAUAUGUUACGGUUUCAGAGAAAUUUAAAGGACGCAUGUAUUUCGUUUAA